AUGCCUCAGUACACCUCCCGUGAUGUCGGCGACCCGACCCAGAUUAAGAAGACGAAGCAGUCAAUGGCAGACCUCAAGCUUAGGCGCUUAACGGAGCUCAACAACAGACUACGCGAGGAUUUGGACCGGGAACGCAUUCCCGUCAGCACCGCUUCCAAGAGCAUCAUUGCGUACUGCAAUGGUACGAGAGACUACAUGGUUCCUUCAGUAUGGGGAACCGUACCAAAGGGCGAGGAUCCCUACGCACCCCAGCAAUCCGGCGGCUGCUGUGUCGUCAUGUAA